ACCUAGGUACCUACCUAGGUAGGUAGCCACAACAGCCUGAAUCUAUCCUCGUCGGUGAUGUGGGGAAUAUUGGAGAGCAUCAACGGACAAAUCCCCAAAUCUGGGGUAAUGGAGUAACGGGCCUAUUCAGAACAUAGCUAUUGCUUGGCAUCAUUGAAUGUGUCCUGGACUUUUCGGCACUUGCAGGGUUUCCCUCAUCGAGCGCGUACCUAAAUAUUGCUAUUGUGCCGAUUGUAUGAACCCCUACAAUACUCGAACCUGACUGCUUAUAUCUCAAUACGUUCGAGUUCAUCGAGUAUCCGAGGCGUGGACAGAGAAAAAUGGCCAUCAGAGAUGAUGAAACCAUGCGCGCUCAUUGGCGGUGCUUCGCGGCUUGCGGCUUGAUGGUUCUGUCACCUUUUCAAUAUGGAAUCGACUUUGGCCUAAUAGGAGGUCUACAAGCCAUGCCAGGCUUUCUCAAGAUCUAUGGCCACCCAGCCCCGGAAACCGCAAUCGGCUGGAACAUCUCAACCGUGAGACAACAACUAAUCACGUCGUUAAUGACGCUAGGCGCUUUCGUUAGCUCUGCUACUGCAGGUUUGAUAGCAGCCAAGCUAGGCCGAAAGGCAUGUCUAAGGAUGGCUUGUUUGGGUUGUGUCGUUUCCAACAUUAUCAUGAUGACCACAACCGACAUUAACGCGCUUUAUGUUGGACGCUUACUCAACGGGUUAGCCAACGGCUACUUCAUGACAUUUUCUCAGCUAUUUAUCCAGGAAAGUAGUCCAGCAAAGUACCGUGGACUUUUCUUGACCGCAUUCCAGUUUUGCACGUCUCUUGGAACUCUCAUCGGUACAAUCGUAGACUGGGCGACCGCCUCACGCGCCGACAGAUCGGCUUUCUUAAUCCCAUUAGGACUCAUAUAUAUCGUGCCCCUUAUCCUAACCGUUGGACUAUUCUUCAUACCAGAGUCCCCUCGCUGGUUGAUCUUGCAAGAUCGAAUUGAAGACGGAUAUAAAUCAUUGGAGUGGCUCAGACCAACCGGCGCACAAGUCGACAUCGAGGUCGCAGAGAUAAAAGCAGCGAUAGAUAAAGAGCGCGAAAUGGGUAGCGAAGUUAGCCUUUUGGAUAUGUUCAAGAACCCUAUAGAUAGAAGACGGACGGUACUUGCAGUUUGUGGAGUCACAUUGCAAGCUGCCACCGGCUCCAUGUUUAUCAUAUCGUAUAAGGCGUACUUCUUCACGAUGGCCAGAGUUUCUAAUCCCUUUGCGAUGGGAUGCGUUCUUAGCGCUAUCGGCCUACUUGCCAUCGUUGUCAACUUAUUGAUUGUGGUACGCUAUGGUCGUCGCCGCGUGCUUCUAAUGACCGGUCUUGGAACCUGUGGCAUUCUCCAGUUGAUUGUUGCAGUCGUAUACGACAAGAAUCCAGGCGCAAGAGCUACGGGGGUAGUUCUUGUAGCCUUGUCAUGUCUUUACAUGAUGAGUUACAAUGGAAUGGUAGCAACUUAUGCCUGGUUAUGUGGCGGUGAACUCCCAUCGCAGCGACUACGAAGCUACACGUUCGGAUUAGGCGCGGCGGCCGGGUUUCUUGCCGCGUGGAUUACGACUUUCACUGCUCCAUAUUUUAUAAACCCCGAUUCCCUGAAUUGGGGUCCAAGAUAUGGAUAUAUCUGGUUCCCAAGCUCUAUUGUAGCAGCAGUUUGGGUUUAUUUCUUCCUACCCGAAGUCCAAGGCCGCACACUCGAGGAAAUUGACGAAAUGUUCGAAGCGAGGCUUCCAGCGCGAAAGUUCAGAGGGUAUAAAUGUGUUCGUAGAUUGGUCAUGGAGGAAAAGCCAAGUGCCCAACAUGAGGAAUAAAGAAAAGUUUUCGGUGCGAGAGCCGUGAAGUAUGAUUGAUACCUAGGUACUAGAAGGUCUAUCUCGAUUACGGAAUGGCGGGUAUCGGUUGAAUCAUAGAACGUCAACAAGACACUACUUAGGUACCUACCUACCUGUUAUAUCAUUAGAUACCUAGGUAUUUUAUAACUACCUAGGUAGGUACUCUAGAAAUGGUGCAAAACAAGUCUCUUCUUAAC